AUGUUGGACAACAGAUGGGUUGUGCCUUAUAACCCAUACCUUCUGCGGAUGUUCAAUUGCCACAUCAACGUUGAGGUCUGCUCGAGCAUAAAGGCCGUCAAAUAUCUUUACAAGUACAUUUACAAGGGCCAUGAUAAGGCUUCUUUCAGCAUCGACCAGCCCGACGCCGAUGGUAACAUUGAUGAGAUCAAGAGAUACGUUGACGCAAGGUGGAUCACCCCUCCGGAGGCUAUGUGGAGGAUAUUUGGCUUUCCACUUUGCGCCAACUACCCUCCUGUCUUGCAGUUGCCUCUUCAUCUCCCGAAUAUGCACAGGGUCGCAUUCAAUGCCCAGGCUGACUUGAAAAAUGUUGUCGCCUCAGAAAAUAUUUCAAAAUCCAUGUUAACGGAGUAUUUCAAGGCUAACCAGGAACACCCUCGGGCUAGAAAUAUAUUGUACAAGGAUUUUCCCGGAAGGUUCACGUGGCAGAAGAAAAAGAAGUUUUGGAAGCCGCGGGUCGAGCGUUUUCAAAUAGGUCGCAUCGUGUCUGCCAAUCCUGCCGAGGGGGACCGAUACUAUCUGCGUGUGUUGCUAAACCAUGUUAUGGGCAAAACAUCCUUUGACGACUUGCUCACCGUGGACGGCGUGCUAUGUGGGAGCUUUAGAGAGGCUGCUGAAAGGUUGGGACUCAUCGAGGCAGACAACACGCUCGACGACUGUCUUACUGAGGCUGAGCAGUGGGCGAUGCCAUGUUCUCUUAGGAGGCUCUUCGCAACCAUCUUGGUGCACUGCGAGCCAGGCGACGUGCGUGGUUUAUGGGAUAGGCACCUCGAGCCUAUGUCAGAUGACUAUCGUCGAUCACGCACGUCCCCUGACGAGGUGGAGCAGAUGGUGUUGCUAGACAUUAGGGGUAUGUUGCAGUCCAUGAGUAAAGAUAUUGCUGAUUUCGCUCUUCCGAGCAUAGAUGAUGCGUUUGACCCAACCGAGGGCGAGGCAAGAGAGGUCAUCGAGGAAACAACCGUUGAGUUUGACAUGGAUGACACUAAGUUGGUAUCUUCGCUGAACUUGGAACAAAGGGCCGCAUACGACGAGAUACUAACGGCUGUUGAAUGCGGUGAUGGGGGUGUAUUCUUUGUUGAUGGCCCUGGAGGUACAGGGAAGACCUUCCUAUACAGGGCGAUGCUUGCCAAGGUGAGGAGCCAAGGCAAGAUUGGUAUCGCUACCGCGACGUCGGGAGUCGCCGCUUCUAUCAUGCCUGGCGGCAGGACUGCCCACUCGAGGUUCAAGAUCCCAUUGAGUUGCGAUGAUGGAGCCUCGUGCAGCUUCACCAAGCAGAGUGGGACCGCCAAGCUCCUAAGGAUGGCCUCAUUGAUAAUAUGGGACGAGGCCAGCAUGACGAAGCGACAAGCAGUAGAGGCAUUGGACAACAGCAUGCACGACAUCAUGGGAAUACGUGACCAACCCUUUGGAGGAAAGACUGUUGUUUUUGGUGGGGACUUUCGGCAGGUGCUUCCGGUCGUCAGAAGGGGGUCGCGGGGCCAGAUAAUUGAUGCAACCCUCCGAAGUUCUCAUCUGUGGAAGUGUAUGAGGCAGCUUCGGCUCAUCACCAACAUGAGGGCUCAUAAUGACACGUGGUUUGCAGAUUACUUGCUAAGGGUCGGCAAUGGCACUGAGGAUGUAGACGAUCAAGGCAACAUACUACUCCCUGAAGAUAUUUGUCUGUCGUCUACAGGCGAGGUUGACGACCUGGAUAAACUUAUUGACCACGUGUUUCCGAGUCUAGAUGACAACAUGUCUGAUUCCAAUUACAUGACAUCUAGAGCAAUCCUUUCCACGACAAACAACAAUGUCGACAAGAUAAACAUCCGCAUGAUAGACCGUUUUCAUGGAGAUGAAGUAAUCUACCAUAGCUUUGACAUUGCAGAGGACGACCCAUAUGGCUACUAUGCUCAGGAGUUUCUUAAUGGAUUGACUCCUAAUGGUCUUCCUCCGCAUGCACUCAAGCUAAAGUUGAACUGCCCUGUCAUACUUCUAAGGAACAUUGAUCCAGCUAAUGGACUGUGUAACGGCACUAGGCUUGUUGUAAGAGGUUUUGAGAGGAACACCAUUGAUGCAGAAAUCGUGAUUGGUCAACACGCUGGCAGGAGGGUCUUCCUUCCUCGAAUACCUCUCUGCCCAUCUGAAAACGACAUGUUUCCGUUCAAGUUUAAGAGAAAGCAAUUUCCUAUAAGGCUUAGCUUUGCUGUGACCAUUAACAAGGCUCAAGGGCAGACCAUACCGAUAGUUGGUGUCUACCUACCCAAUCCCGUGUUCUCUCAUGGUCAGCUCUAUGUUGCUUUGUCUCGAGCCACCGCGAAGAGAAACAUAAAGAUACUCAUUCAGAAGGAGAAGCCGAAGGAGAAGGCCAACAAGCUAAAGGACAAUCCAAAGAAGCGAAAAAGACCGACUGUGUCCUUACUGACCUCGAUGAAGAACAUCGUCUACAAGGAAGUCCUUACAGGCUGA